UGAACAAUACACAGUCACCUGACCGGGGUGAGAUCUAUAAGACUGGGAGUCCGUGUGGAUGUAAUUCACAAGACAGCCUGCUGUACCAAGCUGAGACCUUUUGUGACAUACAACUGAAGCCGCUCCUCUAGUCAUCAUGCGUCUGGUGUUCACUUUUGCUCUUCUGUUGCUCUCUGUGAGCUUCGGUGGAGCGCUGAAGUGCAACUUCUGUAUGAGUAGGGGAAACUCCUGCGUGCCCUCUGUGCAGACGUGCCCGCGCUACAUGGACGCCUGUGGCAGCGUGCUCUACAUCUCGCCGUAUCUAGGCAUCACCCGCAACUGCAUGAACAUGGCGACGUGCCAGACCUUCAUGCACAUGCCCAACGUGGCGGCCAUCUGCUGCAGCACCGACCUCUGCAACUAAACGGCCUGCACACUGGGUGUGGCCUCACCCUCUGCGGAUGAACCUGCCGCCCAUUACAGAUAAGCUUCCCCUCCUGGCAGAGCAGUCCGCUAUCCGCUGUCUUGCUGAAGCUCCACUCUCUUGAAAUGAUGACCCACCUCUAGGCCAGCCUAUGACAUUGGAGCUUCAAGUCAAGACUGACAGUGGACAGGACCAUUCACUGAGUGUAGUUAUGUGUCCAUCAGAACCAUCAUUCAAAACAAUAAAUCAUCUCUUUUCAUA